AAGUGCCUGAGAAGUUUGCGGCGUCCUGGGAGCCUGAGCGAGGCUGCAGCGCGUCUCUACGCCCGAGCACCCCGAGACGCCGCGUUCUCGCCGCCGUAGCCCCCCGGGACGAUGGUGAUCCGCCUGCUGCUGCGCGCCGGGCUCCGGGGCCCUGCUGUGGGAGCCCCGUGUCGACCCCUCAGCGGCGGCGCGGGACCGGGCCAGUACCUGCAGCGCAGCAUCGUGCCCACCAUGCACUACCAAGACAGCCUGCCCAGGUUGCCUAUCCCCAAGCUUGAAGACACCAUGAGAAGAUACCUCAGUGCGCAGAAGCCACUCUUGGAUGAUGGUCAAUUCAGGAAAACAGAACAAUUUUGCAAGAGUUUUGAAAGUGGGAUUGGAAAAGAACUGCAUGAGCAGCUGGUUGCCCAGGACAAACAGAAUAAACAUACCAGCUACAUUUCAGGCCCUUGGUUUGAUAUGUACUUAACUGCCCGCGACUCUGUGGUUCUGAACUUUAAUCCAUUUAUGGCAUUCAACCCUGACCCAAAAUCUGAGUACAAUGACCAGCUCAUCCGGGCAACCAACAUGACGGUCUCUGCCCUCCGGUUUCUGAAGACACUCCGGGCUGAUCUUCUGGAGCCAGAAGUGUUCCACCUGAACCCAGCCAAGAGCGACACGGAUACCUUCAAGAAACUCAUCCGCUACGUGCCAUCCUCACUGUCCUGGUACGGUGCCUACAUGGUCAAUGCUUACCCCCUGGACAUGUCUCAGUUUUUCCGCCUUUUCAACUCAACCCGUGUGCCCAAGCCCAGUCGGGAUGAACUUGUCACGGACGACAAGGCCCGGCACCUCCUGGUCCUCCGCAAAGGACAUUUCUAUGUCUUUGAUGUCCUGGAUCAGGAAGGCAAUAUUCUGAGUGCCCCGGAGAUCCAGGCUCACCUGAAGUUCAUUCUCUCCGACAACAGCGCCGCCCCCGAGUUCCCGCUGUCCUACCUGACCAGCGAGAACCGGGACGUGUGGGCAGAGCUCAGGCAGAAGCUGCUGAGUGCUGGCAAUGAGGCGGCGCUGCACAAGGUGGACUCGGCCGUGUUCUGCCUCUGCCUGGAUGACGCACGCAUGACGGACCUGGUGCACCUGUCCCACAACAUGCUGCAUGGGGACGGCGCCAACCGCUGGUUCGACAAGUCCUUUAGCCUCAUCCUAGCAGCGGACGGCACCGCUGCCGUCAACUUCGAGCAUGCCUGGGGCGACGGGGUGGCAGUGCUCCGUUUUUUUAACGAGGUGUUUAAAGAUAGCACUCAGAGGCCGGCCAUCUCGCCGCAGAGCCAGCCGGCCCGCACCGACUCUGCUGCCGCCGUGCAGAAACUCAGCUUCCAGCUGAAUGAUGCCUUAAAAACGGGAAUCAGCUCCGCGAAGAAAAAGUUUGAGGCCACCAUGAAGACCCUCACCAUCGACUGCAUCCAGUUUCAGAGAGGCGGCAAGGAGUUCCUGAAGCAGCAGAAGCUGAGCCCGGACUCGGUGGCCCAGCUGGCCUUCCAGAUGGCCUUCCUGCGCCAGUACGGGCAGACGGUGGCCACCUACGAGUCCUGCAGCACUGCGGCGUUCAAGCACGGCCGCACGGAGACCAUCCGACCUGCCUCCAUCUUCACCAAGCGCUGCGCCGAGGCCUUUGUCAAGACCCCCUCCAAGCACAGCACAGCGGAGCUGCAGCAGAUGUUGGCCGAGUGCUCCAAGUAUCACAAUCAGCUGACCAAGGAGGCGGCAAUGGGUCAGGGCUUUGACCGACACCUGUUUGCUCUGCGGUACCUGGCAGCAGCCAGAGGGCUUGGCCUGCCCGAACUAUACCAGGACCCCGCGUAUAAGCAGAUAAACCACAACAUCCUGUCCACAAGCACGCUGGCCAGUCCUGCAGUGAACCUUGGUGGCUUCGCUCCUGUUGUCCCUGAUGGCUUCGGCGUUGGCUAUGCUGUUCAUGACAACUGGAUAGGUUGCAACGUUUCCUCCUACCCCAGCCGCAAUGCACAGGAGUUUCUCCACUGUGUGCAGAAGGCUUUGGGAGACAUUUUUGAUGCCUUAGAAGGCAAAGCCAUCAAAACGUAACUUCCGGGAGGCAGAAGUUCCCCAUUGCUUCAUUGGCAUGAGAGUGGGACCCACCUAGCCAGUAAGUGCUGUUCUGUGACUAAUGAAACUCAUCGUGCAGUGCGAGAGCCGCUUACAGCUCUACAGCUGCAGGCCGCCUCCAGCCAGGACUAGGUCACUACUAAGAUAAUGGGAGACUCCACUUGUAAGCACGCUUGAUGCGGAGUAAGAUUUGGAAAACUAACUCAGGUUUAUUUAUUGAUGAAGCAUCAAUAAAAUUCAAUUGUUGCUUGGG